UGCGGCGCAGGGACCGCAGGGACCGCAGGGACCGCCGGGGCCGCCCCCUCCCACAAGCCCCCGCGGCGUUGCCGGGCGAGCGCACGCCGCUUCCCCGCGCGCCGGGGUGAGAUGAACCCGGGCUGGCGGUUAGAUUGCAAUGGGGAGCCAGGCGUCUCGAGGGGACAGGCGUCUGCUGCAGUCAAGUGGCCCGGGCUCGAGGGAGCCCUCGUUCUGGAUCGCCGGCCAGGGCUGUCCUUGCCGCGCUGGAAGGGUCGCCUCCGGAAAAAGCCAGAGAGGGACUGCGAAGCCUCAGCGAGAUGCUUUGGGGAGGGGGGGGGGUGGGUUCUCUUCCUUCCCAGGGAGUUAGUUGGUGGAGCCGUGAGUCAGAAGACAUAGGCAGGGUUUGGGGACCCUUCUUGAACAGUGAUUAGCACCCCGUCCCUCCCUGUAAGACCUCUUGGACUCUUUAGAGUUGUGUAAAGCCUGAAGCGAUCUGGGAUAUUGUUUUAAAAGAGGGCCACCUUCAUCCACUAACAGAAACUGUGGCGUGUCUGUGUUGGAACGAGGGAAUGCUGGCUCUGUUAGGGCACAUAAGAAUCAUUAGGUGCAUUGGUUAAAAUUUAAGUUGUCUUCCUCUCCCAUUCUGACUUUGUUAAUAAACACCAGCUAAUUCUCAAAAGAUGAGGUCUUGAGAGUGAUUUCUUGUUGACUCAAAGAUCUCAGGACUGGGAAGUGGGUUUGCUUUUAAAUUGAAAUCUUAAGAGUAGUUUUAGAUCUACCGAAAAGCUAGGAGUGCAGUAAAAAGUUCUAUACCCCAGUGUGUGUGUGUGUAAUAAUGAACUAAUCUAUUCUCAGUUUAUUUAAAUUUAAAAUAGCCAAUAUUUCUUAUACAACCUUAACGUCUCCUUUUGGUAUCUUUGUGAUAGUAAAUCUAAGUGUAAAGGCUUUUUUAAAAAAAUGAGAUUUCCAGUUUUGCUUAAUUUACUCAACUUUUAAUUAUUAAAAUAAUUUCAUAACCUGGUGUGAUGUAGUAAGCCUUAGUGUGUGUGUGUGUGUGUGUGUGUUGGGAAUGUUUGUACAUGUGAGUACUGGUGCUUACAGAGGCCAGAAGCACGUGAGUUGCCAUCUCUCCAGCCUCCAGAGCAGGUAAAUCUAUUAAAUAGUCAGUUAGUAAUGUCUCUAUACUAUGUUAUGUAUUAGUCAGUUUAGGAAAAUAGUAAAUGAAGAUGGAUGACCAUUUUAUUUACACACCAGUUUAAACUUGUGUGUGUACAACAUGUUACCUAGCACAGUUGUAGCAGCACUUAGAUUGCCCUCUCUUGACUUUCACAUAUUUAGGGAAAGCAUUUUGCUUCAGUGGUUGGCAUGUGGGCUUCCGAGGUUGCUGGAAUCAUUCUGGCACAGGACACUCACCUCCUGGUUUUGACAAGCAACCUCCCGGCUUCUAGUAAAUUACCCAGAGCCCUAUCGUUCUGAAAUACUGGAUUAUCUAUUUAAGCCAAACUUUGGUGCCUCUUUGCAUAUUCUAAAAGUGGAGAUAGGUGGUGAUGGACAAACAACAGAUGGCACUGAACCCUCGCACAUGCACUAUGAGCUAGAUGAGAAUUAUUUCCGAGGCUAUGAGUGGUGGCUAAUGAAGGAAGCUAAGAAGCGGAACCCAGAUAUUAUACUUAUGGGGUUGCCAUGGUCAUUCCCUGGAUGGCUGGGCAAAGGCUUCAGCUGGCCUUAUGUAAAUCUUCAGCUCACUGCCUACUAUGUUGUAAGAUGGAUUUUGGGUGCCAAGCAUUAUCAUGACCUGGACAUUGAUUAUAUUGGGAUUUGGAAUGAAAGGCCGUUUGACGCCAACUAUAUAAAGGAAUUAAGAAAAAUGCUGGAUUAUCAAGGUCUCCAGCGAGUGAGAAUCAUAGCGAGCGAUAAUCUCUGGGAGCCGAUUUCCUCUUCCUUGCUGCUGGACCAGGAACUCUGGAAGGUGGUUGAUGUUAUAGGAGCUCACUAUCCUGGAACCUACACAGUGUGGAAUGCAAAGAUGUCAGGGAAGAAGCUGUGGUCAUCUGAAGAUUUUAGCACUAUCAACAGUAAUGUUGGCGCAGGCUGUUGGAGUCGCAUAUUGAACCAGAAUUACAUCAAUGGCAAUAUGACCUCCACAAUUGCUUGGAAUUUGGUGGCUAGUUACUAUGAAGAGUUGCCUUAUGGACGAAGUGGGUUGAUGACGGCCCAGGAGCCAUGGAGUGGACAUUAUGUCGUAGCAUCUCCUAUCUGGGUAUCAGCUCACACAACCCAGUUUACUCAACCAGGCUGGUAUUACCUGAAGACAGUGGGCCAUCUAGAGAAAGGAGGAAGUUAUGUUGCUCUGACUGAUGGCUUGGGAAACCUCACCAUCAUCAUUGAAACUAUGAGUCAUCAACAUUCUAUGUGUAUACGGCCAUAUCUGCCAUAUUAUAAUGUCUCACAUCAGCUGGCUACCUUCACUCUAAAGGGAUCUUUGAGAGAAAUACAAGAGCUGCAGGUGUGGUAUACCAAGCUGGGAACUCCGCAGCAGAGACUUCAUUUUAAACAACUGGAUACUCUAUGGCUCCUUGACGGCAGCGGCAGUUUCACACUGGAACUGGAGGAGGACGAGAUAUUUACGCUCACCACUCUGACCACAGGUCGCAAAGGCAGCUACCCUCCCCCUCCCAGCUCGAAGCCCUUCCCAACCAACUACAAGGAUGAUUUCAAUGUUGAGUACCCACUUUUUAGUGAAGCUCCGAAUUUUGCUGAUCAGACUGGCGUGUUUGAGUACUACAUGAAUAAUGAAGACCGUGAGCACCGCUUCACGCUGCGCCAAGUUCUCAACCAACGACCUAUUACCUGGGCUGCAGACGCUUCCAGCACAAUCAGUGUUAUAGGCGAUCACCACUGGACCAACAUGACUGUGCAGUGCGAUGUUUAUAUAGAGACCCCUCGGAGCGGCGGCGUAUUCAUUGCUGGAAGAGUGAAUAAAGGUGGAAUCUUGAUUAGAAGUGCUACAGGAGUCUUUUUCUGGAUUUUUGCAAAUGGCUCUUACAGAGUCACAGCUGACCUGGGUGGAUGGAUAACGUAUGCUUCAGGACAUGCGGACGUUACAGCUAAACGAUGGUACACACUCACCUUAGGCAUUAAGGGUUAUUUCGCCUUUGGUAUGUUGAACGGCACGAUCCUAUGGAAAAACGUCCGUGUGAAAUACCCAGGGCAUGGCUGGGCUGCGAUCGGAACACACACCUUCGAGUUUGCGCAGUUUGACAACUUUCGCGUGGAAGCUGCUCGCUAGUCCACACGGGGCGUCAAGACAUGAUUUGGAUUUUCUAUUUUUGAUUUUGGUUCAGGGCGAAUUCUGAUUUUGAUGGAUCUAUAUAUGAGCCUUUGAGGCUAACGAUAAUGAGGAGUAAAUAGGGGACAUGGUGCAUUUUUGCUGGAUCCUGUGAAAGGUUUAUUUAGAGCCGAUUCCAGAGGGGAUGCAGGUAGUCUUUGACACUCUCUGUGGUAGCUCUCAAGGCCCACGGUUGUUCAGUCCCAUCCUUCAGGGGUGCUUGGGCGGGUUCUGCCCUUGCAGCCUUCGCACUAAUACCAAGGUAGCUCAUUCCACAUUGUUUGUAAAUGAUCGUGCAGGCAACUGGGGCCACAGAGGAGCUUUUGUGAGCCUAGCCACACGCCUCAGUCAAGGCUUCCUUAGAAGAUGGUGAUGCUCAAGGGGAAACUGAUGAGCACUACAGCGAGUACUUCACUGUGCAGUCGUCUCUCCCUCUCCCUCCAUCUCCCCUCCCCUCACCCAUGCCCUCCCCCCCCCCCCCAGGAUGAUACUUUUGGAGUUGUGUGAGAUGAUGGUGGGAUGAUUUGACAAUUACCUCAUUAAUAAACUAACACUGAAGCCAUUUCUGCAGUAAUAAAAAACAACCAGAUUAACUGGGUUGUUUGUACUUUUUAACGAUCUUACAUCCAACUUUUAGAUGUUAUCACCCUUAUAACCGCCUUGAGCACAUUUCCCCCAUAUAAGCUGGUGCCGUAGGCGAAUCUAACUGCUUCCCUGUUCAUUUCUUGUGCCUUUUGCAGUGAGUCCUCACAAGGGGCUCUGAACGCAGCCCAGCACCGGUGAAUGCCUUCAUCUGUCAAUGUGUGGCAGGAGGGACCGCCGAGGGUUUAACUAGCUCACAGAUUUGGAUCAUCUCCUGAUGUUUUUGGAUAGAUGCACUUAAUAUAUUCCCAGGGUUUAGAUUUAAAUGUUGCUAAGCAUGUUUCUCAUUAGUAUGAUUUAUGUAACAUUAAUGUAACUCUUAGAAACAGACCAGUUCUCCAUGUGGGUAAAGUGAACUCUGGAAUUCUUUAUAAGGAAAACUUACUCAUUGACAUAACGCUGCUCCAUGGGAAUUGGUAGUGCUCCAGCGAGGCAGAAGUACAGUGAGGUCUGUAUUACUUCCGAAAACUUGAAACCAAGGCUAAAUGAUUUACUGUUUAGAUUUUAAAUUAUUUUUGAAAAAUAACAUACAAGUGUAAUUUAUAUGUCUUAAAAUAUUCUCAUUUUAAGUGUCUAGUUUGUUUUAAUAAUUUUGUAAACAUUCCCUGUAACCCACACUCCAAUGAAGCUACUGAAUAUUUGCAUCACUCCAGAAAGUUCUCUGCUAUACCUGUGCAAUCCAUUCCGCUCACUCCUAAUUUCAAGCAACAGUGAUGUCUCUGUUGCCAAAAUAUUGUUUGUUUUGAAAGCAUGGAAGUGACAGGAUGCGCUGUGGACUCUUCUGGAUGUGUGUUUUCCGUCAGCGGGAUGCUGUAAGAUUUGUCCAGUGUGUAAGGUUUUGCCAAAGUGGUACACUGCUCCUUAUUUCUGAAGGGAGCAGCAUUGAAUGGAUGCACCACCAUUGGUUUUCCAUCUCCUAUUUUUAUGAGAUGAAAAAUAAAAGUCAUCACAGCACUAACAUACAAAUCUUUGAGAA